UCCUGGUGAAAACUACGGCAGCCGGGAUGUGAACAGUGAAGCCACAGCAGAUGAGCUGAAGACGCGAUAGACCCUCAAAUCACUGCGGCACCUCUGGUACUGCGGAACCUCUGGCGCUGCGGUGCUCCCACUCGACAGUCAGUCUACACCGGUACAUUCACAGGCAACAUGCCGUCUCCUAAAGCUAAAAACCCGGCUCGCAGCGGAGGAAGCCCGGUGUUCGGGAGCGCCAACGGCCGCUACGACUUCAAGUCACUGACGAAGCCGCUGAAUCGCUCCUCGCCUCCGCCGCACCUGCUCCAGCGGCAAGGCUCCGACCCGACCACGGCCCGGCUCCGGGCCUCGGAGAGCCCCACGCGCCGCCGGGGCUCCAGCUCUUCCACGGGCUCUGCACCGGACGAAGACGGUAUACGGCUGAAUCCGUCUUUCGUCCGCGUAGCGCUCAGCUCCCUGCUCGCCAUCGACCUGUGGCUGUCCAAGCAGCUGGGGGUGUGCGCCUGCGAGGACUCGUCGUGGGGCAGCAUGCGCCCCCUGAUGAAGCUGAUCGAGAUCUCCGGACACGGCAUCCCCUGGCUGGUGGGGACCGCCUACUGCCUGUACAAGAGCGACACUGCUGCAGGACAAGAAGUCAUGCUCAACCUCUUCAUGGGCUUGCUGUUGGAUAUCCUCCUGGUUGGCAUUGUAAAGGCAGUGGUGCGUCGACGUCGGCCAUCCCAUAAUCGCAUGGACAUGUUCGCCACCUUUUCCGUGGACAGCUACUCCUUCCCUUCCGGCCAUGCCACCCGUGCCGCCAUGUGCGGACGUUUUUUCCUGACUCACCUCGUGCUGGCCGCCCCGCUGAGGGUCCUGGUCCUGCUGUGGGUCGGCCUGGUGGGGCUGAGCCGAGUGAUGCUGGGAAGGCACAACGUGACUGACGUGGUGUUUGGGUUCUGGAUGGGCUACUGGCAGUACAACCUGGUGGAGAUGCUGUGGCUCUCCCCUCAGACCCUGCAGGGGAUGAUGGGACAGUUAUUUUAACUCAAAGGACUGAAGGAGGAGGGAACGUGGCAGUUUAAAUCUUGAUUGUAAGAGCACCUGCACACCUUUUGAGAGGAUUGAUGGUUGUUUGUCUCGAGAGGAGAUCUCCAUCACACAUGGUUGUCUUCUUCUGUUGUCUUAAAUCAAGCUUCUUUUUUAUUCAUACAAGACCUGAAGGGGGCCGAUUUGACCAGUUUACCUCUUGAAGCCCCAUCAGGUGACCUGAUUCAUGGUUAAUGUGAAAAUGUAUCUAUUCACACAUCCAUAUCACAUUGUCAUUCCUAUUGCUUUGACAACAUCACACAAUAAUUCAAAGUAUAUCACAUAAACAGAUGACUAGUUAACUUGGAUGGAAAACCAACAAAACUUAAUCAUUAUAAGGGCAUGCACAUAAAUAACUUGAUAUCAUGCACUUUAUUGUCUUCAUAUAAGUAAACCGUCUUGAAUCACUACUUAAAUCAAAAUUCAUUAAAAAAAUGUGCCAUGGUCUAAGGAUAGAAAUAUAUAUAUAUAUAUAUAUAUAUUUAUUUCUAUCUUUCUUUUAAUUAUUUAUUUUUCUUCACAGUUUAUUCAGUCAGAAGGAGAAGUGUGUGUGUGUUGGAGUCCUCUACUCUAUAGUUCAUUUCAAUUAGUUUAAUAAGGUUAAAGAACUACUGUACAAUACAUUUGUCAAUAGGAGGAAGGAAUAUUAUUUAUUGAGUGGACUUGAGUCUUGAUACCUUUCUUCACAUAGUCACUGAAAAGCUAUGAGCUUUUAAUCUACUAAUGUGUAAUAGCCUGAAGAGGGGUCACCACUGUUAGACCUGGCUGAUGGUGAAGUGGUAACAGAUCUGCUGCUUGACUUCAAAACAUCAAUAAUGGCUGUAUAUUUAUGAUUUGUCUUGUUGGCUGCUGUUAGAAGUUAAAGAACUUUAUUUAUAAGGCAAACAAGUGAAGUCGGAGUCACAGAAAAGCAAAAAAUCUUGACAAAGCAAAAUGAGAUCUGUGACUGUUCAGGUUCAAUCAGCUGAUUCGACACAAACAAGUUACACAGUCCUCGGCGGAGGGAAGCAAAUUAAAUUUCCUAUAAAAUUUUCGUUAUACCUCGAUGACUGAGGAUAAUAUUACUUCGUCAUAAUUUUCAUACUAAAUCUCUGUCCAAGAAAAUAGUUUAAAUAUUAAUGAAAAAAUAACAGAUUAUGAUAAAUAAUAAAAAAACAUUUGUUGUGGGGCUGAAGUGGCACUUUAAAGUUUUCCACUUUAAAAAUAUGUCAGUUUUAAUGUUGCCAUCAGGUUUAUAUGAUGACAUCUCAGCUAUAUUGUCUGUUGAUGUCCUGGUGCACUGCUUGGGUUCAUGGAUCAGUGGGCAGAUCAGGAAAGAAGUGAAGAGUUUUGCAACCGACUGCAUGAAAUAUUUUCUAAUCAGACUAGAACUGGGAGAUGUGGUUAAAUUAUAUUAAGAGACAAGUUUUCCUGAGGAAUGUCACAUUAUUUAUAUCCGUCAAGUUUAAAGACAGAUUUUUGCUCAGCAGUCUAUCAACCAUUCAAAUUUUGAUUGAUCGUAGGGUUCAACAAGGUGCGACUUUACCUCUGCCCUCAACUUUCGACAAGAGUGAGGAGAAACUCCCAAAAAUCACUUGAUAAAAGAGAGAGCUGCAACUGUGGGCCGACAGAAGUCGAUGCUGUGUGUGAGAUAACAACUCAACAGGACAGAACUUCAAAAGCAUCAAAAAGGAAGAUUAACAACGAUUUGACCACAUUUUUCUGCAUCUGUUCAGAUUUUUUUGCAAUUUUACGCUUUUGAUGUACAUCGAAGGACUUAUAUAUAUAUAUAUAUAUUGACUUUUGUCAUAGUGAUUUUGAUGAAAAUAAUAUUGUGAUAGUUAUUGUUUUAUUGCCCAGACGGAAAUAAGUCCCAAGUUUAACCUGCAUAUUUCGUCUAAAUUCCACAGUUCUGUGGAAACUGUCUAAUGCACUGACUUGAAUAUGAUUUGUGGAGUAACGGUUGGACAGAUCUAAUAAUAAUAACUUUAUUUAUGGAGCACUUUUCAAUACAAAGUACAAGGUUCUGCACAGCAAAACAAAUGCUUAAAAUAUGGAAUUAAGUAAAUAGAAGUAAUAUAUACUAAUAUAGUAAUAUAUGUCUAAAGGACAACAGCAGCCUGGCAUCCUAAGUAAAUUUAGGAAUAUGCCUUUUGAGGAAACAUAGAAGACAACAGUCUUAGAGAGCCUACUUUCCUCAGGCAAUUCAUUCCAGAGCCUUGGGCUCCUGAUGGCAAACGCUCUUUCCCUCUUAGAGUUGAAUGCUUUUUCCUGUGUUUACGUUAUCUCUGUUUAAUACUUAUUCUCAGUUGUCAGACUCAAGGCAAUAAUCAGUAAAGGCAAGAACUGUUAGUGUUGAACUGUGGCAAGUUAUUAACGAAGAAGUGACUCUUUGAACGUCACCAUGAAUCUUUAGACGUCACCAUGUGGGCCAUGUCUACUGCUCCUCGCAUGUUUUAUGUUUACAUAUUGUGUUUAUCUAUUUCUGCUAGUUAAUCUUUCCCAUCACUCGUCUCAUUGACUGGUCGUCAGGUUCACACAUUAAUGCCUAGAGUCAGCAUGUUUGAUGAUUAAACCAUAUCCACGCACCAACCCACUGACUGGGAGUUCUGUGCCAAAGCUGAGAUUCAACAUUAAUGUUCUAACCAUAUAUUACGCAAGUUGUCAAGAUGAUGCACAACCGCUUGCGCACUUCACACACACACUCAUUCAUUUUAGCACUGCCAGAGACCACAACUUGUAAAUCUGCAGGUGCAUUUUAAUUUCCAUGUGUGCUGGUCUGUUUUUACUUUGUCUUUUAUUCAGGAUUUUGUUCAGAUGUGUGAAUUUUUGGUUUCAGUGUAAUUUUGUAUCAGUUGUUUACAGUUCAGUGGACAGAUCGAAUGUUUCCUCUCUUGUGUGUGUGCAGCUUUUACUACUAUUGUAUUUCACUUCAUGAAAGGGUUUUUAACCUGUGAACCAGUUGAUCCUGAUAUCUGGUAUGAACCAGCUUAAUUUAACAGACUGUUGUAUAUACUGGUGCCCACUCGCACACUGUUUUAUUGACCUCUGUCUUGCUGUGCCCUCAUUCUGCGAUAAGUGACCAAUGAUCUCCCCAACAUCGGUGGAAAGAUAAUGCGAUGACAGCCUGCAGCCUUUUCAUUUCAGUGCACUUCUGUGGCAAAUCUAAAUAUGCUGGAUAUCAUCCUGACCAAACGUUUUUUAUGAUUGAUUUAUUUCUUGUUUUAUGUGUUGAUAUUGAGAAGAAUCUGAAAUAUCAGACAAAAUGUUUACUACAGGCUCCGUCUGUUUGUGUUAGGGAUAGAUUUUGCACAUUCCACCUUUUGUACACCAUUCAUAAGAAAGAUGCAUAUUUUGAUUUAUUCCGCUACCAGGUAAAUCCCACUUUGUGAAACAUGAAGCCAGCUCCAAUAUACUUCACUGCACACAGUCUUGCCUGCUGUAUGAUAUAAAUUGUUAAUGCGUAUCCUGUACAUAUGUCUGUAAUGACAUGAGAUUCCACUGUGUUAUGUUCCAUUUUCUCUGAAUGGCCAUUCCCGGAUAAUUUGAUUGUAGUGGUGGUUUUUAAUUAAAUUGGGAAGAAAUCUGAA